ACCAUCGGACAUCUACACCAUGUGUGUGUGUGAGUGUGUUCUAGUAAGGGUCUUCACACGGUUGUAAAGGAUGUAGGUUUAUCUUGCUGAGCUGACACUAUCACGCUCGCUCAGAUGGAUCCACAGAUAACAUGGAGUACUGAAGUGCUGAAGGUCACUAUUUAUGGAGAAGCACUCGUUUGGAGGACACACUGAGGCGUCUUCAGUCUAGCUCACACACACACACACAGUGUAUACACAGACUGCAGUUCUCCGGAGAGCAGGAAUGAAGCUGAAGCUGCCGAACCCGGGUCUGGAGGAGCGAAUCCCCUCCCACGCUGAGCUGGAGGACAUGGAGAAGGUCCAGGCUGGAGAUCGUCCUCAGUGGGACAAUAAAGCUCAGUACAUGCUCACCUGUGUGGGGUUCUGUGUGGGGCUGGGGAACGUCUGGAGGUUCCCCUACCUGUGUCAGAGCCACGGUGGAGGAGCGUUCAUGAUCCCGUUCCUCCUGCUGCUGGUCCUGGAGGGAAUUCCUCUCCUACAUCUGGAGUUCGCCAUCGGACAGAGACUGAGGAAGGGAAGCGUCGGAGUUUGGAGGUCCAUCAAUCCGUAUUUGUCCGGAGUCGGUACUGCAUCCAUGCUGGUGUCCUGUAUGGUUGGAAUGUACUACAACACCAUCAUAGCCUGGGUCAUGUGGUACUUUUUCAACUCCUUCCAGGAUCCACUGCCAUGGAGUCAGUGUCCCAUUAAUGAAAACAAAACAGCCGUGGUGUCAGAAUGCGCCCGCAGUUCCUCUGUGGAUUAUUACUGGUACAGAGAAACUCUGAACAUCUCGAAAAACAUCGAGGACUCGGGCGGGUUGCAGUGGUGGAUGGUUCUGUGUCUGAUUACAGCAUGGACGGUUCUCUGGGUCUGCUGCAUCCGAGGCAUUGAAACCACCGGAAAGGCUGUUUACAUCACAUCCACGCUGCCGUACGUCGUCCUCACCAUCUUCCUGAUUCGAGGACUGACUCUCAAAGGCUCUGUGGACGGGAUCAAGUACCUCUUCACUCCAGAUUUAAAAGAGUUGGCGAAUCCGACCACAUGGCUGGACGCUGGAGCCCAAGUGUUCUACUCUUUCUCUCUUGCCUUUGGAGGACUGAUCUCCUUCUCCAGCUACAACUCCGUACAUAACAACUGUGAACAGGAUGCUGUUAUCAUCUCCAUCAUCAACGGGUUCACGUCAGUUUAUUCUGCCAUCGUCAUCUACUCCAUCAUCGGCUUCCGAGCCAUGGAGAAGUUUGAGGACUGUCUCAAUGGGAACAUCAUGGCCCUCAUGAAUGCAUUUGACCUUCCAGAGGGAAACAUAACCGAGAGUAACUACGAUGAAGUCCUACAGGCUCUCAACAGCACAUCAUCAUCAAUAAUUCAGGGGCUUGAUCUGAAGACCUGUAAUAUGCAGGAUCUCCUCAGCCAGGGAGUAGAAGGUACUGGUCUGGCCUUCAUCGUGUUCACAGAAGCCAUCACCAAGAUGCCCAUUUCUCCUCUGUGGGCAGUGCUGUUCUUCAUCAUGCUCUUCUGUCUCGGACUUUCCACCAUGUUCGGCAGCAUUGAGGGCGUCGUGGUGCCUCUGCAGGACCUGAACAUCUUCCCCAAGAGAUGGCCUAAAGAGGUCCUAACAGGAAUUGUUUGUUUGGUGUCGUUUGCCAUUGCUCUGAUCUUCACCCAACGUUCCGGUGAAUACUGGCUCGCUCUGUUCGACGGAUUCGCCGGCUCCAUUCCCUUACUCAUCAUCGCCUUCUGUGAGAUGAUCGCUGUGGCUUACAUCUACGGGAUAGACAGGUUCAAUAAAGACAUCGAGUUCAUGAUCGGACACAAGCCCAAUAUCUUCUGGCAGGCCACGUGGCGAGUGAUCAGUCCUCUCAUCGUUCUCGUUAUCUUCAUCUUCUACCUGGUCUCCACUGCCACCAAGGAGCUCACCUACAUCGCCUGGAACCCUGACUCGAAAAACUUCCCCAAUUUAGAGGUUCUGCACUACCCCUGGUGGAUCAAUAUCAUCAUCUUCAUCCUUUCCGGAAUUCCUGCUCUCGUUAUUCCGCUAGUGGCUGUUUAUAAACUCAUCAGGAAGCGCUGCUGUGGGAAAGAUGAAAAGCACACUCCGGUAAUUCACACCGUCUCGGCUCAAAUACAGACAGAGCUGACGAAAGUGUAGAACACAAACUGACCAGCUUCACAUACUGAGGAAGGAACUAAACCACUGUGAGAAAGGUGAACAUUAUAUUACCAAUGAAGUGGAACUAAAAUUCUACUUGGAGCCUCUUCUCCUCCUCAGACUUAUAAAGAAGUUAUUUCUUUGAAUAUAACUUAUUUUGUUUGAUAUAUAAGCCAUGUUCCUGACCCUGAUCUUCGAUAAUUAAAGAUGAACAAAACCUCAUUUUAACAUUAUUAGCUCCACAGUGAAGGCGUUCAUGGAUCACGAUGGGAAUUCCUUCGGGCACAUGGUUCUCCACAAAGUCUGACAAUACAAUCACAAGAAAUGACAGGCUACACAUGAGAUUCCUCUGAAAUUCACUUUUCUGAAAGCAGUGACUGUCGUAUUUGACUCACAGAAGCUCAGAAAUGAUCUUUGUAAUUAGGGGUCCAAGCACCAGAAAGCUGAAAACCGUUCAAAUGUAAUGAAAAAACUCCAUAAACUCAUAAACUUCCCAUGAAAAACCGCACAGAACUCCAUGUUUCAUCUGGAGGACGUUGCUUUCCACAGGAGCUGUCAGUAGAGCUUUCAGUUACCUCUGGAACUAGGCUUAUUCCAUUCAUUAUCAAACAUUAAACAUUAUAUAUCUUUCUGAAAACAAAAAACAAAUACAAGAGUUGUCAAAACAGAUUAAAAUCGAAUAGGUGCGGAUUGAACGAGGUCUUGACGUGACCCUUGACCCUUGCUUCAUGUCUGGUGUGGAUCUGGGGUUAGAUCAUGUCCUGAUGUUACACAGCUGUAGAAGAAACUGCACUUGUUUCACUGGUGUUGAUUUACAGUGAUGUUGGUGGGUUUCUUGCAUGCUUCAGGUCCUACUGGAUUAAAGUCUGCACACACAAUCAGUCCAGAACAUGAACUGUUUUCUGCUUCAGCUAGUCUUUCAUCACUCUCCAUUUCAAACAUUCUUCUGUUUGCCUGCUUGCUCCAGGGUUAAGAUUUGUGAACACAGGGUUAGAAUUAAUUAUUGUACAGUAAACAAUGUUUAUAUGUAAAUGCAAUUGUUUCUUUUUUUUCUUGCAGAUUGUCAAUUACAAUAAAAAGAGAUUUGUUGUACACAGUAAAGAAAUAUUAUGUAAUGUUUUUCAGGCUGUAAUUUUGGGUGAGUUGGUUGAAUUUGUUAAUAUUGCACUGAAGCAGAGCUCUAAUAAAAAUACUUGUGAAGUC